GCGACUGGGGUCGGGGCGCCCUCACGGGCCGGGGCCGGGGCUGGGGUGCCCUCAUGAACCGGGACCGGGGUCGGGGCCGGGGUGCCCUCAGGGGCCGGAGCUGGCGCUGGGGCGGCUGCCCUCACGGGCCGGGGCCGGGGCUCGGCAGCCGCCGCCAGCAGAUCCUCUUCCGGCCGCUCCAGCCUCCGUCUCUGUGGUUGUUCCUCCCGCUCCUCCCUACGGGGCGGCGGCGAUGGCGGAGCCGGGGAGAGCCGGCGGGAGCCCCGAGCCCCCCGUGCAGGUGUCUAUCAUUUUGCCUGUCCACAACAGUGAACGCUGGUUAGAUCAAUGCCUGAAGUCAGUUUGGGAACAAGAUUUUGAAGGAACCAUGGAGCUGUCAAUUUUUAAUGAUGCCAGUAAGGAUGGUUCAGCUGAAAUAAUUGAGAAAUGGAAGAUCAAGUUGGAAGAAGUUGGUGUUUCAGUAAUCAUUGGAACCAACAAUUCCUCCCAGCCUCGAGGUGUUGGAUUUGCUAAAAAUCAAGCAGUAAUUCAGAGCUCAGGAACCUACCUCUGCUUUCUGGAUUCAGAUGAUGUGAUGAUGCCACAGCGGGUUAGGCUGCAGCACGAAGUUGCCAUUCAACACCCAAACAGUAUUAUUGGUUGCCAAGUCAGAAGAGAGCCACUGGACUCCACUGAACGAUACACUCGCUGGAUCAAUAACCUCACCCAGGAGCAGCUUCUUACACAGGUGUUCACCUCCCAUGGGCCUACUGUGAUCAUGCCAACCUGGUUCUGCUCUCGAGAAUGGUUUUUUCAUGUGGGAAGAUUUGAUGAGGGUGGAAAGGGUGUCCCAGAGGAUUUGUUGUUUUUUUAUGAACAUCUCCAGAAGGGUGGUGGAGUCUUUCGAGUGAACCACUGCCUGCUGCUCUACCGGUACCACCCGCAGGCUGCCACUCACUCUGUCCUAGAGGGAACCAUCUGGAAUCACCGAGUCAGGUUUCUUGAGGACAGAGUCCUGAGCUCCUGGACAUCAUUCACCAUUUGGAAUGCUGGCAAACAAGGCAAGAAGCUCUACAGAAGCUUGUCACCAGCUAAUCAGAAAAAGGUAACUGCAUUUUGUGAUGUCGAUGAGAAGAAAAUAACAAAAGGAUUCUACACUUAUGAGGAAUCUGAGGAGAGACCAAAACCAAGAAUUCCUGUGUGUCACUUCAGGGACGCCACCCCGCCCUUGGUGAUCUGUGUGAAGCUGGACUUGACAGGUGGAGCCUUUGAAACAAACCUGGCCACGCUGAACCUGAAGGAAGGGAUGGAUUACUAUCACUUUAACUAAAGCAAGAGGCAGUGCUGCAAGGCUGUGGUCUGCACCACCUCAUGUCAUCAUCUUGCUGCUGAAAUUGAGAAGUUCCUGCCUUUUCCCCUUCCCCAGGAAGGGCAGAGGAGCAGUGGCUGCACAUCUGUGUCUGGAAUGUGGCGCUGCCAGCCUGGAAUGCUCUCUGGAAUGGGGCUGGAAGGGCCUCAGGCAGCAGCUCCAGCCAUCCCACGUGUUCUGCAGCUGGCUGGGAACAUCCUCAGGGACACCUCCAUGAAAAAAGCAGCCCCUGGAGCACAUUCCCA